AUGGUGAUUGACUCCGUGGCAUCAACGCAAUUAAUAAGGGGUCUACCGAGAACGGUGAAUUUUCUCCUGCAUGGAAUGGAAGCCAUAGAAUUCCGCAAGUUCAACAAGGUUGGAUCUAAUAGCAGGCCGAAUGCGUUUGCGGCAUUGGUUGAAAGCCAACUGAAUUUGCCCACAAUACCAGCUGAUUUGACAUACGACCAGUACUGCAGACGUUAUCUCGAUAAUGAAUCCUACGUACCACUCAUGUACAAGAAAGCUGGAUAUAAGAUGUUCGGUGCUGAGGACUACGUGGCGAGCGUUCUGAACUAUCCGAAUUGCCUAGGAACGAAAACACGACAGUUUCAGCAUUCGUUCAGAAUGGUAGACAAGCAUUUCUUUUUUCUGGUGAAUGGAGAAGGGCCAUCGUUCGGCAGGGCUUAUCCACAUCGUGCUUAG